AUGGGAAGUGCAUGGUCAAUGACGACGAACUCAAGUGCAAGGCUGGCGGGCAAAACGGCUGUAAUAACAGGAGCAAAUACGGGCAUAGGAAAAGUUACCGCUAAGAAUUUCUACGAAAGAGGCGCACGGGUCAUACUGGCUUGCAGAAGCGUCGAAAAAGCGCAGCAGGCUGUCGACGACAUCAAAAGACAAUGCGAUGGCAAAGAAGACUUGGGUCAACUCGAAGUUCAACGAUUGGACCUGUCGAGUUUGAAAUCAGUUCGAGCAUGUGCUGAGGACUUGUUGAAAAGCGAAUCGCGGAUAAAUAUGCUAGUUAACAAUGCGGGUAUCAUGAACUUACCGAAAUUGACAAGGAACGAGGACGGUAAUGAAAUGCAAUUUGCGACUAAUCAUUUAGGACAUUUCCUACUGACUGUACUGUUAAUGCCGGUACUUCUGCAAAGCGCGCCGGCAAGGAUUGUAAAUGUAUCAUCGAGGUUACAUUUCUUUACGUUAACAUUGAACGUGGAUGAUUUGAAUUUCGAAAAACGCAGGUAUGGUCCUACACGAGCGUAUAUUCAAAGCAAAUUAUGUAAUGUAUUAUUUACCAAGGAACUAGCUGAAAAACUAAAAGAAAAUCGCAUAGAAGGUGUAAAUGUUUACAGUUUACAUCCCGGUGUCAUAAACACGGAGCUUAAAAGGCACAUGGACAUUCCAAUGAAAUCCAUCUUAAGAAAAUUCACCAAGACUCCAGAAGAGGGUGCUCUAACUACGAUAUAUUGCGCUACUAACGAGAAAUGUGCUCGCGAAACUGGACUGUACUAUCAAAACUGUAAAUCUACUUAUCCAUCGUGGAUAGCAAAUAAUAGGAAGAUAUCCAAGAAACUUUGGGAUGCUAGUUGGACAAUGGCUGGUCUUAAGGAAGAUUUUCAACCAUUUGAAGUGAAAAAACUGUGA